CGUCACACAACCCUAUCUGUUGCUCUAGCCACACUAAUGGCCAACCCAACUCUCAAUCUCAAUUGAUUUUGACUCCAAAUUUCCAGUCUUAUAAAAAAUUCAUUUUUUUAACAUCCCAAAUUGCAAAGGAUUUUUUGGGAGAAAUCGCAAUGGCUUCAGUGACUCUAGGCUCAUGGGUUCAACACAAUCAUCCUUGUCCUUCCUCCUCUAUCUUUACACAAUCGAAAACACCCAGAUCCAGAUCUUCUUCCCUCACCACUCUUAAACCCAUCGUCUUCCUCAAUCCAAAACGCACCGUUUCUCCCUCUUCCUCCAUCGUCUCCUCUUCCGUCGUCACAAAAGAAGACAAUCGCAAAUCCUCCUCUUCUUCUUUCUCCUCUUCCUCCUUCGAUUUCAUGUCUUACAUCAUCCGUAAAGCCGAAUCCGUCAACAAAGCCUUAGACUCCGCCGUGCCUCUCCGUGAGCCACUCAAGAUCCACGAAGCCAUGCGUUACUCUCUCCUCGCCGGAGGAAAACGAGUCAGACCCGUUCUCUGCAUCGCCGCUUGCGAGCUCGUCGGAGGAGAAGAAUCCGUCGCUAUGCCUGCUGCUUGCGCCGUCGAGAUGAUCCACACCAUGUCGUUGAUCCACGACGACCUUCCUUGUAUGGACAACGACGAUCUCCGUCGCGGAAAACCCACGAAUCACAAAGUGUUCGGCGAAGACGUCGCCGUUUUAGCCGGAGACGCGCUUCUUUCCUUCGCUUUCGAGCACUUGGCGUCGGCGACGAGUCCAGAGGUGUCUCCGGUGAGAGUGGUUCGAGCUGUGGGGGAAUUGGCUAAAGCCAUUGGAACCGAAGGGCUCGUGGCUGGACAAGUGGUGGAUAUAAGCAGUGAAGGGCUAAACUUAAACGACGUCGGAUUAGAGCAUUUGGAGUUUAUCCAUUUGCAUAAAACGGCGGCGUUGCUUGAAGCUUCUGCGGUUUUGGGAGGGAUCGUUGGAGGAGGAAGUGACGAUGAGAUCGAGAGGCUGAGGAAGUUCGCGAGGUGUAUUGGAUUGUUGUUUCAGGUGGUUGAUGAUAUCUUGGACGUGACGAAAUCGUCUCAAGAGUUGGGGAAAACUGCUGGGAAAGAUUUGAUUGCUGAUAAAUUGACUUAUCCGAAGAUUAUGGGUUUGGAGAAAUCGAGAGAAUUCGCUGAGAAAUUGAAUAGAGAGGCUCGUGAUCAGCUUUUAGGGUUUGAUUCCGACAAGGUUGCUCCUUUGUUGGCUUUGGCUAAUUACAUUGCCAAUAGACAGAACUGAAUUGUCUGUAUUUUUUUUUGGUUUUGGCGUUUCUUGUCGGAAUCGUUAGAGAUUAUUAUCUCUCUGAUCUUGUUUUAGAUCGAAUUGUAGAAAUCAUGGAGAGAAGCUAAUCCCUCUUCUUGUUGGUGUAAUCUCUAUGUUUCCGUGUACUAAAAAUUGGAUAGUAAUUGAUUAAUAGUAAGAGAUCCCUGUUCGUAGU